AUGGGACUAUAUAGCUUAGUCAACGCCUUUCUCAAAACAGAACUGGUAAAAGUACAAGAGGCCCGAGUUCAUUUCGAUUCGAUGUCCAAUAGUAUGGAUGAAGCGCUGUCGCGGAAUGCAGCUUCAACGCGUGCCCGUCCCUCCGAUGCUGCCGAUGGCCGAAAUGCUUUGACGGCGGUCGGAGCUUGUUUCGCUCAUACAACGAUGGAUUACGUAGCACAGAUUAAUAUUGCUCAUGCACAGAAGGAUCACCUUAUAGUUGAAGCGGUACGUGUCCAGAGCCGUUUUCAUGAAAAUUGA